UCCUCGAAAUUGAUAUUUCCCAUUUCCCCUUCCCCCUUUACCUUUUCCUUUUGUUUUUGAAAGAAACCCUAGCCUCGAGUUCCUUCUCCAAUCUCUCCCAUCUCUCUCAAUCUAUCGUGGUCGUAGAAUACCAAACGCUGUUCUUCCCAAUCUCUCUCAUUCCUCUAUCAGUCUCGUGGUCGUGGAACACCGAACGGCCAACAGUGAACACAGGCGAAGAAGAACACGCUCCGCCGGCGCCGUCUGCCUCCUGGAAGUGGAACAGGAACACCGAACUUAGCCUCUGCUGCCACCGUCCGCCUUUCCAAGAUUCGGGCCAUAUUCCAUUCUUCCUCUGUUGCUUACUCUCUCUAAUCUCCAUCUUCACUCUCUCCGGUACUUCCAUCUGGUCGGCGGUCGCACAAGGAAGAAGGAACGCCUGCCUCUGUCUCUCACUCUGUUUCUGGACUUGGUUGCCGCCUCACCACCGCCGUCGCUCUGUGUAUCUCUCAGAUUUCAUCUAGAAGGAGAAAAAGAUGAAAAGGCAUAGCCAUUUCAGCUUGGACGACGGAGAGGAUAGGGGAAGCACUUGGUGGCUAGGGUUUUGAGGACAAAGAGGAAAAUUCUAGAAAUUUGUCCGAUUGGAAAACAAAUUGACCCAAAUUGACGAGUUCUCCUUCCAAAUCAGUGGAGGUGACUGAUAUGGGACUGUCCUCCCAGCUGACGGCCUAAUCUUGAAUAACUGAACAAUGUCCGAGAUAUGGAGGCUUGGAAAUUACCAACAAGUGCUGUAAUUGCAGAUGACCCUAGGAAAGAGGUCCUUAUUCAUUUUCCAGAUUGCUGUGAAGCUACACCUGUCUUUCAUAUUAUAUGGUUGCAUUUGCAAAAUUGUUUUGAGAAGGAUAUAUAUUUUCUUGUACCAAUACUCAAGUUGAUGAUUUGGUACUUUAAGGCCUACUGGAACCGGAAGGAAUACAUCACUUGCCUGUGCUACAUGUUCGGAUGAGAGACACUGCAUAUUUGCAGGUGUCAUGGCUCAACAGUCGUCUCGCUUUAAUCGGUUACUCACUUUAUUGGAUGCUGGUUCAACCCAAGCAACAAGAUUUGCAGCUGCUCGUCAAAUUGGGGAUAUUGCGAAGUUGCAUCCUCAGGAUUUAAACUCUCUCUUGAGGAAGGUUUCUCAAUAUCUUCGUAGUAAGAACUGGGAUACACGGGUUGCUGCUGCUCGUGCUGUAGGGGCUAUUGCAGAGAAUGUUAAGCAUACAUCUCUGAAAGAAGUAUUUGCUUGUCUUGAAGCAGAGAUGGAAGGGGCUGGAAUUUCUGGCACUGUUGAUGAUGUGGUUAUGGGUUGGCCAGAGUUUCAUCCAAAAGUUGUUGCAGGGCUCUCUUUCAGAAGCUUUGACUUCAGCAAGAUUUUAGAGUUUGGUGCUUUGUUGGCAUCUGGAGGACAGGAAUAUGAUAUUACAAAUGAUGGUAACAAGAACUCUGGAGAGCGGUUAGCUCGUCAGAAACAGAAUCUUCGUCGACGUCUGGGUUUGGAUGUAUGUGAGCAGUUUAUGGAUGUCAAUGAAAUGAUCAGAGAUGAGGAUCUUCUUGUCCACAAAUUUAAUUCCCAUGGAGAUGAGAUGAACUAUAGAUUCUAUACUGCACAAUCUGGACACAAUAUCCAAAACUUAGUUGCAAAUAUGGUUCCUAGUUUAAUUUCUAAAAGACCAAGUGCGAGGGAAUUGAAUCUCUUGAAACGGAAAGCAAAAAUAAAUGCAAAAGACCAAAUGAAAGGGUGGACAGAUGAGGGGGAUCUUGAAGUUUCAUGUUCUCAAAACUCGGGGACACCAAGGGGGUCAUGUUCAGAUCCAUUAAAUUCAAAUAAGAUUUUUGUGGAUGCUGUUAUGGAAGAGGAUGGAUUUGAGAGUGAAGGUGAUGGGCGGUGGCCUUUCCAGAGUUUUGUUGAACAGCUCAUCGUUGAUAUGUUUGAUCCCACUUGGGAGGUGCGCCAUGGCAGUAUUAUGGCUCUAAGAGAAAUUUUAUCACAUCAAGGUGCUUCAGCUGGUGUGUUUAUGUCUGAUUCUUGCUCAGAAAGCAUGUGGUCAGUUGAAUCUGAAGAUAGAGUUAAUUUGGUUAAAACAAAGAGAGAAAGGGAAAUUGAUCUGAAUGUCCAAGUUGCAGGGGAGGAGUCUGAGCCAGAUCUUAAAAGACAAAAACCUGAAGACAUGUCAUGUUCACUUGUUAAUCCAGUAGCAAUGGUGGACAAGGACAUAAAGAUUGAUGUCUGCUUAAAUUUUGAAGAUGGUGAACAGAGUUCCACCACUGUCCAGGUCAAUGGUGUACCUAGAAGUGAUCUUAUUAAGAUAAAACCUGAUUGUUAUCCUGAUGGAUCUGAUUUGCAGUUUAAAGGAUUUGAUGAUAUGGCAAAGCAUAACAGAUCUUUUGCUGAUGAAAAUUCCAUCCAAUGGUUGGAGAUAUUGAAAGGUCUACCCAGUAGCAGCAAAUUAAUGAAGUUGGUGAAACAAACAAGACACUCAUGGAUUAAAAAUUGGGAAUUUCUUCAGGAUUGUGCCCUUCGUUUUCUUUGUGUUUUGUCAUUAGAUCGUUUUGGCGAUUAUGUUUCUGACCAGGUUGUUGCUCCUGUGCGGGAAACUUGUGCACAAGCACUAGGUGCUGUUCUUAAGUACGUGCAUCCUUCCUUGGUUCAUGAGACACUAAACAUUCUGCUGCAAAUGCAGUGUAGACCAGAAUGGGAAAUUCGUCAUGGAAGCCUGUUGGGUAUCAAGUAUUUGGUUGCUGUCAGAAGGGAAAUGCUUCAUGAUCUGCUUGGCUCUGUUCUUCCUGCAUGUAAGGCAGGGCUGGAGGAUCCAGAUGAUGAUGUCAGAGCAGUGGCUGCUGAGGCUUUGAUACCUACUGCUGCUGCAAUAGUUUCUCUUAAUGGUCACACCUUGCAUUCCAUAGUUAUGCUACUUUGGGAUAUCUUGCUUGACCUGGAUGACCUAAGUCCAUCUACCAGUAGUGUCAUGAAUUUACUGGCAGAAGUCUAUUCUGAGGAAGAGAUGAUUCCAAAGAUGUAUGGAGCAUUGACCUUGAAAGAGAAACAAGACUUUGAUCUGAAUGAAUUGGUUCAGGUUGAUCAGCACGGUGGUGGAAUUAAGUCUGAAGAAAAUCCUUACAUGUUAUCAACAUUGGCUCCACGUCUAUGGCCAUUUAUGAGACAUAGUAUUACAUCUGUUCGACAUUCAGCUAUACGUACAUUGGAGCGAUUGCUUGAAGUUGGAUGCAGAAGGAACUCAACUGAGCCUGUAGUUAAUUCUAUUUGGCCUUCUUUUAUUCUGGGUGAUACCCUUAGGAUUGUUUUCCAGAACUUGCUCUUGGAAUCAAACGAGGAGAUCCUUCAAUGUUCAGAGAGGGUUUGGAGGCUCCUGCUUCAGUGUCCGGAGCAGGAUCUGGAAGCUGCAGCAAAAUCAUAUUUUUCAUUUUGGGUAGAGCUUGCAACUACUCCGUAUGGUUCGCCCUUGGAUUCUUCAAAAAUGUUUUGGCCAGUUGCCCUUCCUCGGAAAAGUCAUUUUAGAGCUGCCGCUAAGAUGAGGGCCGUAAAACUUGAGAAUGAAUGCAGUGGACAAUUUAGUUAUGAUUCUGCCAAAGGAGCUAUUUUGCAAGAAAGAAAGGGUGAUGCUUCUGCAAAUUUUGUUAAAAUAAUAGUUGGCACAGAUGGUGACAAGUCUGUGACUCGCACACGGGCAGUAACUGCUGCAGCAUUAGGCAUUUUUGCUUCUAAACUGCCGGAGCGGUCUUUGCAGUAUGUUUUUGAUCCACUGUGGAAGGAUCUAGCCUCUUUAUCAGGGGUCCAAAGACAGGUUGCUUCCAUGGUUCUUGUUUCUUGGUUCAAGGAGAUCAAGAGUAGGCAUGUUUCUGUAAGUUACGGAGUUAUGUCUAGUUUUGUUGGUCGUAUUAGAGAACGGCUGUUGGAUUUGUUGGUGUGUUCCGAUCCAGCUUUUCCUACAAAAGACUCACUUCUUCCAUAUUCUGAGCUUUCAAGAACUUAUUCCAAGAUGCGUAAUGAGGCCAAUCUAUUGUUUCAUAAGGUCAAUUCAUCUGGUUUGUUCAAGAGCAUGUUGGCAGCUACUAAGUUUGACUUGGAUACCCUAAGUGUUGAUGAUGCGAUAAGUUUCGCCUCAAAAACUGUGCUGCCCACUGAGGUGGAUACUACUGAAAGACAUAUUCUUGAUGAUAUAGAAUCUUCUAAGCAAAGACUUCUGACAACAUCUGGCUAUUUAAAAUGUGUUCAGAGCAAUUUGCAUGUUACUGUCUCUGCAUUGGUUGCAGCAGCAGUUGUAUGGAUGUCUGAGCUGCCUGCUAAACUCAAUCCAAUUAUACUACCUCUAAUGGCUUCUAUAAAAAGAGAGCAGGAGGAAAUUCUUCAAGAGAAGGCAGCUGAGGCGCUUGCUGAGCUUAUUUAUCACUGUAUCACACGUAAACCUGGUCCAAAUGAUAAAUUAAUUAAGAACCUUUGUAGUUUGACAUGUGUGGAUCCUUGUGAGACACCUCAAGCUGCCAUAAUAAAUUCCAUGGAGAUUAUCGAGGAUCAAGAUCUGCUGUCUUUUGGGAGAAAUAUCAGUAAUCAGAAGACAAGAGUUCAUUUGCUAGCUGGAGUGGAAGACAGGUCAAGGAUUGAGGGCUUUAUAAGUAGACGUGGAUCAGAGCUUGCACUUAAACAUUUAUGUGGAAAGUUUGGAAGUUCACUAUUUGAUAAACUUCCAAAGUUGUGGGAUUGCCUAACUGAAGUUCUCAAGCCUGGAAGUGUGGAAGGGCCUACUUCUACGGAUGAUCAUCGAUUGAAGCUUGCAAUUGCCUCUGUUAAGGAUCCACAGAUAUUAAUAAACAAUAUCCAGGUGGUUCGCUCCAUUGUGUCUAUGCUGGAUGAUACGCUAAGACUAAAAUUGCUCACACUUUUACCUUGCAUCUUCGAAUGUGUGCGGCAUUACCAUGUUGCUGUUAGAUUAGCUGCUUCAAGGUGUAUCACCUCAAUGGCUAAGUCAAUGACUAUACACGUCAUGGGAGUUGUCAUUGCGAAAGUUAUUCCUAUGUUGGGCGAUUCAACUUCUGUUCAUGCAAGACAAGGAGCUGGGAUGCUUGUAACUUUGCUUGUUCAGGGUUUAGGGGUGGAUCUUGUCCCUUAUGCUCCUUUGUUAGUUGUCCCUCUGCUAAGGUGUAUGAGUGAUUGUGAUCAUGCUGUCAGACAGAGCGUGACACAUAGUUUUGCUGCUCUUGUACCACUACUUCCAUUAGCUAGGGGCCUUCCGCCACCAGCUGGUCUGAGUGAUGAUUUAUCUAGAAGUACAGAAGAUGCACAGUUUCUUGAACAACUGUUGGAUAAUUCCCAUAUUGAUGAUUAUAAGCUUUCCACUGAACUAAAAGUAACAUUAAGGAGGUAUCAACAAGAGGGUAUAAACUGGUUAGCUUUCUUGAAGCGUUUCAAGCUUCAUGGAAUCUUAUGUGAUGAUAUGGGACUUGGUAAAACACUACAGGCAUCGGCUAUUGUGGCAUCUGACAUUGUAGACCGUCGUUCUUCAAUUGAUGGCAAGGAUCUUUGGUCCCUAAUUGUUUGUCCAACUACACUAGUUGGACACUGGGUAUAUGAAAUAGACAAGUACAUAGAUUCAUCUGUGGUGAUUCCUCUCCAGUAUGUUGGUUCUGCCCAAGAACGGAUCUCUCUCCGCAGUCAUUUUGAUAAGCAUAAUGUUAUCAUAACUUCUUAUGAUGUGGUCCGUAAAGAUAUUGAUUAUCUUGGACAGAUUCCCUGGAAUUACUGCAUAUUAGAUGAGGGACAUAUAAUUAAGAACUCGAAGUCUAAGGUUACUGGUGCAGUGAAACAGUUGAAAGCUGAACACCGUCUUAUAUUGAGUGGAACACCCAUACAGAACAACAUAUUGGAGUUAUGGUCCCUCUUUGACUUCUUAAUGCCAGGGUUUCUUGGAACUGAGCGGCAAUUCCAAGCAACUUACGGGAAACCAUUGCUAGCAGCUAGAGAUUCUAAAUGUUCUGCUAAGGAUGCUGAAGCAGGUGCCCUUGCUAUGGAAGCAUUACAUAAGCAGGUCAUGCCAUUCCUGCUCCGUCGAACAAAAGAUGAGGUUUUGUCUGAUCUACCAGAGAAAAUUAUCCAGGAUCGGUACUGUGACCUGAGCCCUAUCCAGAUAAAACUAUAUGAACAGUUCUCUGGUUCAGAUGUGAAAAAGGAAAUGUCAUCUAUUGUAAAACUAAACAGCUCACACGAUACAGAAGGAAAUAGCCUUUCACGGGGAGCAUCAUCACAUGUCUUCCAGGCACUUCAAUACCUUCUAAAGCUAUGUAGUCACCCGUUGCUUGUCAUUGGUGAAAGGCUUCCAGAUUCCCUGACAAGUUUUCUGUCUGAACUCAUGCCUGAGAGUUCUGACUUUAUCUCAGCCCUUCGUGAAUUGCACCACUCUCCUAAGUUAGUUGCUCUUCAAGAAAUACUGGAAGAAUGUGGUAUAGGUAUUGAUGCUUCCAAUUCUGAAGGUGCCGUUGGUGUUGGACAGCACAGAGUUUUGAUAUUUGCUCAGCACAAAGGUUUGUUGGACAUAAUUGAAAGGGACUUAUUUCAAACUCAUAUGAAAAGUGUCACAUACUUGCGGUUGGAUGGUUCUAUUGAACCAGAAAAGCGUUUUGAAAUUGUGAAAGCCUUCAAUUCAGACCCCACCAUUGAUGUACUCCUACUGACAACACAUGUUGGAGGGCUUGGUUUGAACUUGACAUCAGCUGAUACACUUAUUUUCAUGGAACAUGAUUGGAAUCCAAUGAGAGAUCACCAGGCAAUGGACAGAGCACACAGGUUGGGUCAGCGCAAAGUUGUGAAUGUCCAUCGGCUGAUCAUGCGUGGAACCCUUGAGGAGAAAGUUAUGAGCCUCCAAAAGUUUAAACUGUCAGUUGCCAAUGCUGUCAUAAAUGCUGAGAACACUAGUCUAAAAACAAUGAAUACGGACCAGUUACUUGAUCUAUUCACACCCGCACAGGCCAGCAGAAAGGGUUCUGCUGUUUCAAAGAGUUCAGAUGGCAACUUUGACGGAGACUCAAAACCAAUAGGUGGGGGGAAAGGGUUGAAAGCCAUCCUUGGUGGACUAGAGGAGCUUUGGGACCAGUCACAGUAUGCAGAGGAAUACAAUCUCAACCAAUUCCUAGCAAAGCUUAAUGGCUGAAGCAAGCUGCAGUCAGUGUACAGAGUGUAUAUUGUUAAAAGAGUCCAUGGGCUCGCGAUUUUGAUGCCGUCACCUUAAUUCUUUUUUUUUUUUUUGGUCUCUCUCUCUCUCUCUCUCGGUGUACAUGGCCAUUAUAUUUGUAGGAAUCUGGCUAGAGAGGAAGACGGGUUGAUGUUCAGCCCGUUCGUCCAAUCUAAUUCAUAUGAAAUGCAUUUGAUAAAGAAAAUUGUAAAGUUUUCAGGUUGUACAGACUAUCAGCUUCGCAUAAUCAAGUUUACAACCAUUACUGAA